UGGAAGUGGUGCUAUAAGAAGCAGCACACAGACGUGUCCUAAUUUAUCUUUUCAGAAGAGCACCUUGCACCUUGCACACACCCAUAGUGCCAAGUACGAUGAGAACUAACACGCUAUUCAUUUUUUUCGCCACUGUGGGACUCCAGGCUGCAAUAGCAGCAUCAGUGGCAUCAGAUGAACGAAAUGAAGAAUUAAGUGAUGCAGCAGAGGAUGUCAGUGAGCUGCAAAAAAGAGAUCAGAUGGAAUUUGAUAUGGCUGAGAUAGAAGAGGAUCAGAGACUGGAGGAUGCUCAUUACCUGGAGGCAGUUGGGGAUGAAUUGACUGAGGAUGAGGACAGUGAGGCCCAACAAGGAAUGGACAACAUGGAAGAGGCAGAGGCAGAAGCAGAGGCAGAGGUAGAGGCAGAAGAAGAAUCAGACUCAGAACUGGAAUCUGAAUCGGAAUCGGAAUCAGAAUCAGAUGAAGAUGGUCACCCUCAUGGGGUUAAGCGAGAUAAUAUUGAAGCAGAUGAGGAGGAAAACAUAGCUCAAGAGGAGUAAAACUACAGUACCCAAAGGGAGGAAGGCCCAGUGCACUUCCAGCUACACAUCCAUCCAGAGGAAGAAGGGAGUGGCAUCAAGAUCCAGUAAACUACCUUUUCAGUCAAUAAAGAUAUUGUCUGACAUACCACCAGUGUGACAUAUUGCUCCAUAACCUGAAGCAUUUUGUUAAGGGGAGACCAUAUGAUAAUUAAAAAUUUUGAUCAUUUAAA